UGAACGCGGGCGCCCAUGCUCCGCCCCGCGAGCGCCGCUUGGGCCGCCGAGGCCCCCAGGCGCUGGUGAGUGCCGCGCCGGGCCGCAACCUGAAGCAGAGGUAGCGGCGCCCGGCGGUCAUCAGAGGGCUCGGAGCCCCCCGGCGGCAGGUCGGAGGGGGCCGGUUGUUCCUGUUCCCCCGAGCCACACGAAGAUGAACAGACUGCACUUCCACAACAACAAAACCAUGCAGGACCGCCGCUGCGUCUGCGUCUUUUUGCCCAACGACGACACGCUCGACGUCAUCGUCAACGUGAAGACCUUGUGCCAGGAGCUGUUGGUCCAGGUGUGUGACCUGCUGAGGCUGAAGGACUGUCACCUGUUCGGACUCAGCGUCAUUCAGAAUAAUGAACACAUCUAUAUGGAGCUGGAUCAGAAAAUAUCCAAGUACUGCCCCAAAGAAUGGAAGAGAGAGGCCAGCAAGAUGAUAAACAGGGAUUUCCACUCGCUUCUUUUCCAGGGCAUAGACCAGUUCGGGCCUCCGAUGAUCAUUCACUUCAGAGCUCAGUACUACGUUGAGAACGGGAGGUUAAUCAGUGACCGGGCGGCCAGGUACUAUUACUACUGGCACUUGAGGAAGCAGGUGCUGCUCUCACAGUGCAUCCAAAGGGAGGAGGCCUACUUCCUGCUGGCAGCCUUCGCCCUGCAGGCCGACCUGGGCAACUUCAAGCGUAACAAGCACUUUGGGAAGUACUUUGAACCUGAAGCCUACUUCCCUUCAUGGGUGAUAACCAAGCGGGGCCGCGAGUACAUCCUGAGGCACAUCCCCAACAUGCACAAGGACCAGUUUGCCCUCACGGCUUCGGAGGCGCACCUCAAGUACAUCAAGGAAUGUGCCCACCUGGACGACGUCACUGUCCACUACUACCGGCUGUACAAGGACAAGAAGGAAGUGGAGGCAUCUCUUACUUUGGGACUGACUUUACGUGGUAUCCAAAUAUUCCAGAAUGUCGGGUCUGUGCGGCAACUCCUGUACGACUUCCCCUGGACCAACGUGGGAAAACUGGUAUUUGUGGGGAAGAAGUUUGAGAUCCUCCCCGACGGCCUGCCCUCGGCGCGUAAACUCAUCUACUACACAGGUUGCCCCCUGCGCUCUCGCCACCUCCUGCAGCUGCUCAGCAACAGCCACCGGCUCUACAUGAACCUGCAGCCCGUUCUCAAACAAGUCCGCCGGCUGGAGGAGAACGAAGACAAGAAGCAGUACCGGGAGUCGUACAUCAGCGAUGCUCUGGAACUGGACAUGGACCAGCUGGACAAGCGUUCCCGGGCCAGCGGCAGCAGCGCAGGGAGCAUGUCUCACCACAAGCGGCUGUCCCGCCACUCCACCACCAGCCACGGCAGCUCGCACACCUCCGGCAUCGAGGCGGACAGCUUCAGGGCCUCGGGUCAAGCGCCGCACAGGCCCCUGCGGACCUGCAGCUCGUCCACGACCAGCCACGGCAGCUCGCACACCUCCGGCAUCGAGAGCAGCGGCAAGGAGCGGAUGCUGGACGAUGACGAGAUCGAGAUGCUGGUGGACGACCCCAAAGACUACGAGGAGCUUCAUGAGAUGGUUCUGGACCAGGAGCUGUGCAUCCACAUCACCGAGGACAUGUUGACCAUGUCGCCCGAUCCGACCAACGGAUACUCAGGACUGAUAGUGAAAGACGUCGGCUCCUCCACCUCCAGCUCCUCUGAGACGGUCAUCAAGAUGAGAGGACAGAGCAUCGAGUCUCUGCCGCAGACGUCUGCGUGCAGGAAGCCUCAGUCUUCCACCGACCGACACAGCCAGUCUCUGGACGACGUCCGGCUCUACCAGAAGGACUGCCUGCAUUGGGCGGAGCUCUGCCAGGACACCGCCCACAGCUACACGUUCGGCUGCGCCCAGGAGCUGAGCGACGGAGGAGGAGGAGGAGGCGGCGGCGGCGGCGGCUGUCAGGGCCUCGCCGACCAGCGCGCCGGCAUGCUGGGCGAGCAGCACCCGUUUCCCAUCAAGAGAACCAACAAGUACUUCUCCCUGGAUCUGUCCGGCGAGGAGGUGCCCGAGUUUGUGGUGUGACAGCGAGGAAACAAGGCGAGGGGCCCUCUCGCCCCCCCGGAGUAGAGAGGCUUCAGCCCUCGGGGGGAAGGAGAGGCGAGCGAAGGAGAACACUGACAAGUCGGCUGGCCGAA